AUGGUCACCCACACGGUCACCUACCUUGCUGUCGCCUCUGCUACGAGCACGUGGACCUGGACUGGCCAUGUUGUGACCGUGAUCAUGUCGGGUCUGUUCCUGAUAAUGUUUGAUCUUGCCAAUCAGUUCCUUGGGGUCGAGGAGGACACAAUCAACAAGCCUUGGAGACCAAUCCCCAAAGGUCUCAUGACGGUGCAAGGCUGUAAAGUUCGCUAUGGGAUUGUGAGCGUGGCCUUUCUCCUGGCUGGCAUGCACAACAAGCAGACUUUCCCUUGUGUACUUUGGUUCUUGGAUGUUCUGGGCUACGUGGUGCAGUGGGACAAAAACUGGUUCUUCAAAACCUUCGUCUUUAUGCCAGUUGCCGUCAUGGCCAACAUCAUGCUCCCGGCCAGCCUGGUGGUGGGCUCGCAGCCAGCUGUACUGGAGUGGGUCGCAGUUUACGCUCUGUUUUGGACCGUUCCGUUUAUGGUGCAAGACCUGAAGGAUAUGGAAGGUGACUGCAAGACAGGCAGAACCACAUUGCCCUUGAUGAUGGGUGAGAAACACUUCCGAGCAAUGCUCUUCUGUCUGAUUGGCAUCGGCUCACCCUUAGCUCUGUGGCAGUUGGUAGCCCCACACUCAGGCGCUUCUAAAGCGUGGCUGUGCAUUCUCUGGAACCUCCCCUAUGUGUUCGUUAUACUGUACCGCUUGGCUUUCAAGAGCGGCCCUGAGGCACAUAGGCUCACGUACAAGUUCGUUGAGCUUAUGUUUGUCUUUGGGACUCCUCUUUGUAUGUUCUUUGUCCUGCCGACAAUUGUAGUAUCUGAGGGCUAUGUACAGACGUUGACCCCGAUGCCCUCAAUGAGCGAUGUUUGGUGA